AUGAGAGGAAUCUAUUAUCGCAUACUUGUGAUAAUUUUUCCACUCUCCCUGCAGCUUGCACUGCCGGCGGAUUACAAAACAUGGUAUGGAUCUGCGAAAAAUUCAUUCACCAGGGGAAAAUCUACGUACGACGAUCUGGUGAAGUCGGCGCAGAAUAGUGAAGAUGAGUGUAUUAUACUGAACUCAACGGAUAACCGAUUGUCUACAAAGUUAGGGGCUGGUAGGGGGAUCGGCACGGAGUCGGGCUCCUUCCCGUGCCUCGAUCACCUGCAACAUAAAGAUAAUCGAUCAUCUUUCGACAUCAACUUCAACAUCGGGGAUAUUGCCGCCGGCUCCAGAGAGCAGCGGUUGGUCGCUGAAGGUGGAUGCUGGCAGUUCGUGCUGAACCAGGUCAGCGCGCUCGACGUCGACAGAUGUGACGUGAAAGGCGAAGUUUCGAGGUCUCUCAUCGCAUUGGCAAAAACAAAGUGCCACUUAAUAAGAUCAGGCAGGUCCUUCCCCCUGGCGGAGCACGGGUGCCUGCUCAAUCCAGAGCUCUUAGACGAUAGUGCGCUGGGACUGUUCAGUGAACAGUACACUUCAAAUCCUUGCCGCAGCAUGUACAGCAGCGGCGAAUGUGAAAAGCUGAAGGAAGACAUCGUCGCACAAUGCACAAACCCCCGAGUCAUGACAGAGGCUGCCUUCCAAAUGUACCACGCGGACCUCAACCACAUAGAUGAUAUAUGUUUCUACCUCCAGUCCAACGAAUGGAACAGAAGAACCGAAACAAAUAUAAACAGACUGGGCGAAUCGGCUGUAAAUCUUCUGACUACACAACAAAAUAUGGAGAUGUUCCUAGACGGGAUGCAGAAGCAACAGGAGGAGAGUUUACGAAAGGCAACUAGGUUAACCUCUUGGAUGGAUGACUUGCGAGAAGAUCUAAAGGACGUUUUCAGCAUACUGCAAAUUAUCAACUCGUAUCAAUACAAAAUAUACGCCUUCAUUCACAGCUUCAAGCUUUUUUUCCAAUACGCAUUAUAUGCCAUCGUGGCAAUCGCAUUGACCGUAUUCGAGGCGACUGCCUGGGCACGCCCGCGCAUCGUGUUGGCUGUUGCUACAUCAUGUCUCGCGGAUGCGCUCGCAUUUAAGGCUAUUACACGUUCGGCGGCGCUGGAACGGUUAGGCUUUAGCAAGGAGGACGUGUACGGCAUCACAUCCUCCGCAAUUCGCUGGAUUGCGGUUGUUUACUCGGUUUACACGUGGGUUAAAGCUCUGGUGACUUACCAGCCACCGGCACAAGCGAUGCUCAAGGAGAUGCACCAAAUACGGAAGAUACUUACGCCUCGAAUCGUGUACCCAACAAUCAGCACGGAAAGAGGGGAUUCUGACGGUACUGGCGACGAAGGUAGUGCCAAGCUUAAAUGUGCCUCACAAGCAGCAGACAACAGCCCGCGAGGCUACACCUUGGACGACUUCGUGGAACUGUUCGGUGAUCGCAGCGACAGCACGUACACAUACAAAUCCGGCUAUACUACAGAAGAAUCCUAUGAUGGCUCUUUGGGCGAAGAUUCUGAGGGACUCGUUGAGGAGUACCUGGAAUCGCAAAGCCGGCGGAGAAGGCGUACAGCGAGCCCUCGACAGGUAGCCAACUAUAGACGUUUAUAG